AGCCUGCUCUUCUCACUGCCCAGGACAAAGUAGCGGGUCAGGGACUUCUCCAAGCAGCCUCAGUGCCUGUCCUGGGAAGGUGGGCAUGGGAGGACGGAGGAUGGCAAGGGAUGAAGAAAGUGUCUAUGAUCCCGAGGCCGCGCAGCUCCUGCAGGAGCCCAGACUGAGGCUCCUCCUGGUGGGGAAAUCGGGCACCGGGAAGAGCGCCACGGGGAACAGCAUCCUGGGCCGGGACUGCUUCCCGUCCCGGCUCAGCGCCACGCCCGUGACCACGACCUGCGCCGUGGGGACGUGCAGGUGGGGCCGGUGGCACGUGGAGGUCCUGGACACGCCGGACCUGUUCAGUUCCGACAUCCCCGACUCGGACCCGCGGUGGUGGGAGCGGGGCCGCUGCGUCCUGCUCUCAGCGCCGGGGCCCCACGUCCUGCUGCUGGUGACCCAGCUGGGCCGCUUCACCCCCGGGGACCAGCUGGCCGUGAGCGCCGUGAAGGACGCUUUUGGGGACGCCGUGCUGGCGCGCACCAUCGUGGUCUUCACGCGCGGGGAGGACCUGUCAGGGGGGUCCCUGCGGGAGUACGUGCGCGACGGCGACAACCGCGCGCUGCGCAAGCUGGUGGCCGAGUGCGGGCACCGCGUGUGCGCCUUCAACAACCGGGCCACGGGCGGCCAGCGGGAGGCGCAGGUGGCUGAGCUGAUGGCGCAGGUGGAGCAGCUGCUCAGGGACCAGGGCGGCGGCCCCUACACCGGCGGGCCCUUCCAGCUGGUGCAGACCCAGGGCUUGGGCAGCGCCCAGGACCAGCUGCGCAGGGUGGCAGCGAGGCUGGCCGCACGCAUGCACCAGCCCCGACGGCGACUCAGGCUGCUGGCAGGGCUGUGGGCCUGGAGCCGGGCGCCUGCCAACCGCCCGUGGGUGGGCCUGGCCCUGCUGCUGGGGGGCGUCCUCCUGUUCUACCUGCUGCAGGGGUACCAGGCAAAUCCAAAUCCUUUCACUCCCACCACACAAUCAAGCCCUGAACACUUCAGGGCUUUCUCCUUGGAAUCGGGCCACUCUGAGCUCUUCUCCUCACAAGACUUUGCCUACUUGACUUUUUCAAUCAACCGCAGCAGAGCAGGUGCCGGUUUUGACGCUUCGUCCUCCUUGAGGAUCGUCUUCAUGGGCAAAUCGGGCAGCAGGAAAAGCGCCACCGGGAAUAGCAUCCUCUGCCGGCCAGAGUUCGAGUCCCACGUGGCGGGGCAGAGCGUGACCAGACAGUGCCAGGAGGCCAGGGGCACUUGGGAAGGGAGGAGCAUCCUGGUGGUGGACACGCCCCCGAUCUUCGACGCCGGGCCGCCCACCCAAGACCUGUACAAGAACAUCGGGGACUGCUACCUGCUCUCUGUCCCCAGGCCCCACGUGCUGCUGCUGGUCACUCAGCUGGGCCGCUUCACCGCGCACGGCGCCGAGGCUGUCAGGAGGGUGAAGGAGGUCUUUGGGCCAGGGGCCAUGAGACACGUGAUCGUCCUCUUCACCCACAAGGAGGACCUGCAGGGCGAGCCCCUGGCUGACUACCUGGCCAGCGUGAGGGACUCGGGGCUGCCCGGGCUCCUGCGGGAGUGCGGGAGGAGGUUCUGCGGCUUCAACAACCGGGCCACGGGCGCCGAGCAGCGCUGGCAGCUGGCCGAGCUCAUGGGCCAGGUGGAGAGUCUGGAGCGGGAGCUGCAGGGCGGCUUCCUGAGCUCAGAGCUGUCGCGGGAGGCGCAGCUGCUGCUGCAGCAGCGGAGCGCGGGGGCCGAGUGCGCGGAGCAGCGCGCGCGCUUCCUGGGCCUGGUGCGGCGCGAGCUGGAGAAGCAGUGGAGGGUCGUGGCCGCGGCCCAGGGGAGCUGCCAGGGGACCGGGCUGUGCAGGAACUCGGACUGGGUGGCUUCUGGAAUUUCUGCUCUUAUUACCUGCAUUUUGAUCUUUCUGGCCAUUUUAAUUUACUACGGUAUCACGCGAACACACUGA